AUGCACUCUUCAGGAAGAGAUGGCCGCGACGGACGUGAUGGAACUGUUGGAGCAAAGGCGAGUUAACGUUAUUGCAAAAUUAUUUGAGUAGUAUAGGAGGGACCGAAUUAUCCUCUUUUUUUGGGGAGGAUUCUCAUUAAGGUGGGGAGGAAUACAUUAACGCCGAUGACGUCAUAGGCUAUUGUCCUCAUCUCAUGAAUAAAAUGCGGUGGAUUUAAUUAAGUAUAUCCAGUUUGACGGGUUUAUCAAUGACGUCAUGUGCUAUUUUUAGAUGGAUGAUGUCAUGGUUGGUAUAACCGGUUUGACAGGUUCUAGUUAUUUUCGUAAGAUGAUGUCAUAUGUAUUCCGGGGUACUACGAUGUCAUAGUUGUUCUGAUUGGUUGAACGGAAUUAGAAAGACGCUCAUUGGCUGUCUCGUUUGACGAAGCAUUCUGGUUGGUUGCCGUAUUUUUAUUGUUUGAACGGCAUAAAAGCCUGCUCACUGCCUUCCCGCAUACUAAUUUGGAUUUCCUGCAUACUAAUUAAGUGUCUUCCCCCAUAUAUAAUGAAGUGGAUAGGUUUACUAAUGAGCGUCACUCUACUACAAUAGGAACAAUAGGCUUGCCUAGACUUGCCCGGGCUCUUUUAACGCUGAUUGUAGAAUCUAUUAUGUCUUCCAAAUAAAAGCGGGCUCUCCGUUCAGCAUUUUAUUAUUGUCACAAACUCCAGUAAAUAACAUUUUUGAGCGGAUAGCUUCCAAACAUACUAGUCAACGGUCCGAAAACAGUACUCGACUUAAAACUAUUCACUGUGACCAAAGAUAAAUAUUUUUAUUCUACAAAACCAUUGAUUCUGUUUUGUCAAUAUAAUUCAACCUUCAAACGUUUCUAGACUGUGGUAUCGAGCGUUAACCAUUAACAGGUUGGCCUUUUUCCUUUUAGACCUGUAUCAUACGAAACAAAACGAACGCAAGCGAACUGUAUUUUAUUAUUCAUCGCAAACUAAUUUAAUAUACACUGAGCCAACUUGAACGCUUGUCGCAUAAAUUAUCCACGGGAAUCAACUCAGUUAUAUAUAAACAAUGGUGGGAUUAAUACGCGCGUGCUACAACCACACUACACCUUUGUUUCGGUUAAAAAAUACAUUUAUUGACAACAAAACCAUCAAAGUGUUACAACAAUAGAUGAAUAGACAGAGUUCCGGCUUAGUUUUCGGGAACAGUUUGUUUGACAAAAAAUCGAUUGAGUAAGAAUUUCCGCUUAUCGAUGGCAAGUUCUGUCGAUUCCAACCAGUCACAUCCUUCUGUGUCUUUGAGAUCUUGGCGGGUUUCCAUCACUUUUCGGAAUGUCGGAUCUUUCUUCAUUGCAUGCAUCCACUGUAAAAACUCUAAGAACACUUUUCUCAAUUCCUUUCUAUAUACUGGAAGCAAAGCAUUUUCAGCUUUAAUGCGGGCCACUUCAGGCGAGUCUCCGUUUUGUUCAUACUCGUUGAUCAGAGCUUCGAGCUGGGCUUCGUGGCGAUUACAAACUUCAUUUUGAAUGCGUGACCAAGGAUCUACAUGCUCCUCCUCCUCCUCUCCGGAAGAGUCCAUUUCUUCGCUAGAUUGAGAACUUUGAGAUGAUUGUUCGCUUUCUUGUGAGCUUUCAAUAUCGUCGUCAUCAUCUUCAAAAUUUCCAUAUCCUUUUUGAACGAAAUGAUUAUAAUUGCUGAACAUUGUGAUCCGAACUGCACGAGGUUUAAGAACUGACUGAAUCAGAAACAGCGGCUUACUUCUUUUAUAGCUAUCGAUGGAGGCACGGCUGCAAAGCACAACGGAACUCUAUGAACUUUCAUUGUACCCCUCCUGUACCCCUAUUGUACCCCUCCUGUAUCCUUCCUGUACCCCUACUGUACCCCUCCUGUACCCUUCCCGUACCCCUACUGUACCCCUCCUGUACCCCUCCCGUACCCCUACUGUACCCUUCCUGUACCCCUCCUGUACCCCUCCUGUACCCCUCCUGUACCCCUCCUGUACCCCUCCUGUACCCCUCCUGUACCCCUCCUGUACCCCUCCUGUACCCCUCCUGUACCCUCCCUGUACCCCUCCUGUACCCCUCCUGUACCCUUCCUGUACCCCUACUGUACCCCUCCUGUACCCUUCCUGUACCCCUGAAUUCUCUUAAGUACUCCCCACCAUUGUAAAAUAACGAUAUAUUAAAUGAGUCUGUUAACUGUGAGUCAUUUUUCAUAAGCAAACCUCGAUGUGGCAAACCUGGUGUGUCCAACUUGAGUUCUCAUCUUGAAAUUGUCCAUGACUUAACCGGGCUAAGACGAACACGACUCUUAAAAGAGGCUAAGGUUUCUUGGGAAUCAAAAAGAGAAUAUAUUUCUACAAGCGUCGACUUACCUCGUUGUUCAUUUGGUUCCACGAGAAAAAUAUGUGAACCAAGAAAAAGAAGAAGACCAGUAAACGAAACGCCGAAAACUUCUUCUACUGCGAAGAAGGUAAAGCUUUCCCAUGAUGUUUCCUUGGCAACCGAGCCUUAUCCAGAUUUUAUGUUUCGCCAUAAGUUCUCACUCCUUGUGGUUGGACCAAGUCAAUCAGGGAAAACAGUUUUCGUAGAACAGAUUCUAACGAGAGAUCGUAUUGUCUACGAAACCAACAAGCCCCGUCGCAUUUUAUGGUAUUACAGUCAGUGGCAAGAUAGAUACGAAGCUUUGAAAUCAGCGAUCGGAAAGGACAUUAAAUUUUUUCGUGGCCUUCCCUCAUUUCAAGAAGAUCUGCGAGAAAUUGACCCAAAAUACAACAACGUUAUCAUCUUUGAUGAUCUAAUGGCAGAAGCGAUCGAAAGCCCCAUCGUUUCUCGGUUGUUUACCCAAGGUCGCCAUAGAAAUGCCAGCGUCAUACUGCUCCUUCAGAAUAUGUUCCCCAAGGGAAAAUUUAACACCGAUAUCAGUCGGAAUGCACAGUACAUGGCUCUUUUCCGAGGUCCUAGCGAUCGGAAACAAAUCGGAAUUGUUGCUGAGCGUAUGUUUGAUACGAAUCGCCAACGAUUCAUGACAGCUUAUUAUCAUGAAACAGAGAGGCCUUACGGUUACAUCUUUGUAGAUAAUAAACCGGACACGGCGGCAAAUAAGCAAGUAUUGAGUGACAUUUUCGGCUCUUGUCGUCGAUAUCCGACUAUUAACAGCCCCGCAAAAUCGGUCGAAACCGUCAAAACGACCAGUUACGAGGAAAACAUUGCCUGCGAAGCUAGAUCAGCAGUAAAAUCGCCUCAUGUGGUCAAUGUUCCCCGCCAAUUGUAAAAAGGUCACGGCCAUUUCCUUUUGAUGCAGUAUUGUCUGAAGCAGCCUAUCCCGUUGUACAAAAUUAUAUGCAAGGAGCGCCCCGAUGCCAAACCCUACCAAAAGACUUUGGGAUCACGGAAAUGUACCGCUUUGCCAGACAUCUUUAUGAUCCGUAUCUUCCAUCGUACUCGUAUGGAAAUUACUGGCCUGUGAAAAUAAGACACUAUUGCAAUGGAAAAUCGAAAUGGAUUUAUUUACACAAGGACGAUCCCAGCGUAAGAUCUUUCCUAGAAAAGAACCAAACGAAUGCUCGAUAGACCAAUAACAAAUUAAUUAAACGGUUGUCGAUGCACUUUGCAGUGGAAUAUUUUAUUUUUCAAUAGACCUAACAAUUGUGUAUGAAACGGUACCUUAUCUUAUGAGUCAGAUGCAAAUUACUACUGGUUAACAGAGCGUGUAACAAGACAUCAAGAUAAAGUAAUUUUCUAGAGAGAGCACUGUUUGCAAUAGAUUGAAAUAAAGAGUUUGAGCUCCACUUUUUUGCGUCUGAGUUUUGUUUAUAACCGGAUUUUUAGUUAGGCAAGCGAACUUGUUUCCUUAGCAAAGCGAUUGCAAGAGUAACAUGCUGAACGGAGAGCGCGCUUUUAUUUGGAAGAUAGAAUAGAUUCUACAAUCACCGCACUAUGAAUAAAGACGAAAGACUCUUGCGUCAUCGACGCUAAUUUAUUCCACCGCAUUUUAUUCAUGAGUUCAAGACAAUAGGUUAUGUCAUAAAACAAAAAUAAACCAGUUAUAUCAACCAGGCUAAAAAUAGAACCUGAAAAACCGGUCAAACCAGUAUACUUAAUUAAAUCCACCACAUUUUAUUCAUGAGAUCAAGACAAUAGCCUAUGACGUCAGCGACGUUAAUUUAUUCCUCCCCACCUUAAUGAGAAUCCUCCCCAAAAAACCGGAGUAACCGGUCCCUCCUAUACUACUUAUUUGUCAGUCUAACUUUUAACUUUUGAAACCUCUUUCAUUUGGCAAAGGUUUUAUAAAAUACUAUUUAUUUCUUUAGAUUUCGCAAAGGUACAUUUGUAUUUUUUCGUCGUUUUGCCUUGGCCACUAUUAGGCUACCGUUAGGAAUGGAAUUGUUAAGGUCUGAUAAGCAAAACACGGCCGAGACAGCCAGCAUAAAAACGUCUGUGUAAAAGUGCGCUUUCGUACUUGUAGCUUGUUUCAACUCGCGUAAUCAUUUAAACGUGGGAAGCUGAAAAGGGACAUCAAGAAGAAAAUUCUUCAUAAUGUAUUUUCCCCUACAUAAAACGUUGCAUUAGAUAAUGUCACGUUGAGUUGUGUUCGACGAAAAAUAAAGUGUGAUUCACGUUUUCAAGAUAUACAUCCAUUCCAUUCCAUUAGUACAGCAUUUUCCCGGAAAAGGAGAAAAAAUUCAUAAUCGCCUGUUUACUUCAUCGAUUUAACACACGAUACGUGUCUCCCUAGAAAAGGAAUCAUUUGACACUGAAUGGUUUGACUAUAAUGAAGUUGUACGUUCAACAGAAUUGAUAGAAUUGGGUCGCACAUAUUCAACUCCACCGCCUCAUUGGAAAUAAAAAGGAUUAAAAAGGAGAACUGACCAUAAACACACAAGUCAGUUAACUUUGUAGCGACGGGGAAUAUAAGGCAAAAAAUAGGAAAAAAAUUUCAGAGACAUGUUAGUCUGCUUAAAUAAAAGUAACAUGCAAAAACUUAGUAACUUUGAAGCACUUUCUAAAAUGACAAAAAAAAUCAAGGUGUCGUUCUUGCACUGAGCUCCUCAAUUGACCAAAGAAAUAACCUAGAAAUAUUAGGUUAGAGCUCUCGGGAGCUAGCAGCACAAGCCAAACAAUUUUACUCGAGUGCACCUCCCAUCCUUCCCUUUAACUUGUGUAAAAAGAGUCAUAUCUAAUCCAUGUCACUUAAAUGAUCAGUUUGGCACUAAACCUCUCAGAAAAAAGUCGGAAAUCCCUGCCGCUUGGUUAUUUUGGUCGGGUCUAUGGAAAAUAAUGACAGUUCAACAUUUCCCUCAAAAAAACUUGACCAAACAGAAUCAAACACGUUGUUUGCUGAUCCGAUCCCUGGUUGUUUUGCUAUUCUUAUCGAAUUUUAACUUAGAGCUUAACCAAGAAUGUCUUGAGUCUCAUUUGAAGCAGUAAUUAGUCAAAUAUUGUGACUUUUUUUAUGUCUUUUAUAUCAAUUACUUACCUCUAUAUACAGCUAAUUCGACAAUUAAUUCAGCAUUUUUAAUCAGCCUUACAAAUCGUUUCAUUUCAGUUGAUCAACCUGCAAAGCUAUUUUUUGGCCCUAAUGACUGUUUCCCUUGUCUCGAUUCACAUUCCUCUGCCAGCAGCUUCUGCCCGUUAUUUGCGCUCUGUGUUUUUCGAACUAGAAGAGGUUUAUUCACCCUCAAUACUUGUAGCUAGAAUCCUAUUAGUGAUUUUCCUAAACCGCAAUAUUUAUUUUGCCGUUUUAUCCUUAGAUUUGAGAUUGAUGUUUUCUUUUCCAGGGAGAAAAAGGAGAGGCAGGGAUACCAGGACAAAAUGGAAAGGCUGGUGAUAAGGUAUUAGUUUAGAAAUGUACUGCUUUUUAAAAACCUUUAAGUUUCUUCUAAAAAGUUAAUAUAAGCUAGGUAAAAUUUUGCAUAAAUGAUUGCGCAGUCUAUUAUCGUGGGAAAUCCAACAAAAAGAAGCAUUGCGCGUAUGAACGAAGGAUAACGAAGUGAUGUUUUCACAUUAGCAAAGAAUUCAAAGCUAUUUUCUGCCUAAGGCUGCUGAUCUUUACCCCCAAAGUGUAGCUCCAUAUUUUUGAAUUUACGAUAGCAACAUAACGUUUGACUUAUUUAUUGGACGCCAAGUGGAUUUGAAGAGUUGUUGUUUUCAAGUUGUGACUAGUGUGACGGAGCCUAAAGAUGUAUAAGAUGUAACUUUGACCAGUGCAUCUGUAUCAAGUCAGGAUUGACUCGGAUAUUGCUUUGCAUUCACGGAAAUUCAAUAUAACAACUUUAAAUAUGAAGUUAUUUGAACUUUUUUACAACCCAGCUUACCAUUGCAUCAAUUAAAAAAAAAUGCUUUAAUUUCAGAUCAUGUUCAAUGGCUUGGACUGGAAUCAUUUUAUCCCGUAAAGAAAUCCAAACUGUACGACAAUUUUUGAUUUGUACUAAUGCGGAUGCCCCAUGUUGGGGUUUUCCAUGUCCCAAAUUAUAUCUUUUUAAAAAAGGGUGAGAAAGGAUCGCAUGGUGAUAAAGGAUCACAAGGACAGGAUGGACCACAAGGACAAAAGGGCAAACAGGGACCAAGGGGAAUGCCGGGAACAUGUGAUGCUAAGGUAUUCGUCUCAAGAUAUUUGGGCUUUUUUUGACAGAGGGUGAAAAAGGAUCUAGUGGUGACAAUGGAAUUAUUGCGUUAAAAGAUUACAAGAUUUACACUCGUUAUUAUCUUUUGUAAUAGUAAACUUUAUUACAAUAAGCCAAAUUAAUUUAAUUACCAUUCCAUUAGGCAAUAGUAGAAUUGUAUUUAAAAAUAUGAUAAAAUGAAGCUUCCCAGAUCAUCAUUACUGUCAUUUUGAACGGCUGUAUUCCCGCCCUUAAGUGCUUUUCCAUGGAAAAAGUCGUUUUGGAAAUACUCGGUGUCCAUUUCUGAGAGGUGUCCGUGUUUAUUAAAUGUGCUUUUAGGAAAAUGACUGAACUACAUCAGGGACCAACACUUGGUGACACUUGGUGUCCGAUUUUGGGAGAUGCUAUUUGCUAUUUAAAAAAACAAUAACUGUUUACAACUAAAUAACUACAUCAGCAGAUUCUUAGUUUUGUAAUUAAAUUGUAUUUUGUUGUCGUUAUUUUGUGUUUUAGAGCCCAUCUUCCAGCAAAUCAAGGUGCUGUUCAACCAGUAAGAACAUUUUAUCAUUUAUUACUGUCGUCUUUGAUAUACAUUGAUUUAUUGGAAUUAGAAGAAUUUCCGAAUUUUAAUUUUAUAAAAACGUGGCUUCCUUACAGUGAAAUUGCAAGACCAGAGCACAUAAGUAACCUUCCUUUGUUGUUUUUUUCUGUCGUGAAGUAUUUUGACUUAUCCUUAAAGCUGCAUUUUUCUUUCAUUGGGUGGGUCAGGGUUUAGUCAGGAUUAUGUUCACUUGGUGUUUUCCUGUUUUAAUCUUAUGUUUUCACUCGUACUUGAAAUUUGCUUGGUUUUCAAAUUCACCUAAUUCCAUUUCUGAAAUAUUUUUGACAUGUCCUUGUUAGAAGUGAGUUUUAUACUGGAAGUCGUGUUUGUGAGUUCAGAGCUGACUUAGGGUAUUAAGUCUUGCUGAAGUAGUUCCUGUUUGGGUUCGUUAACCAAAGCUGUUAGUUUUCCAUUGGGUCGCAGCUUCUUGCCGAUCGCAGCCGUUUAGGCCCAGAGAUAGCAAAACAUUAUCCACAUUGAGUUUGCCAGCCUUCUUUUAUUCUCACGGUCAGCAAACCCAAACACCACCAGGUUUGGCUAUAAAAGGCUCUACUAUUUGGAUUGUUAGCUAGUAGGAGUAGGAGUAGGAGUUAUUAGUGAUUAGUAGGAACCAGUAGAAGCUAAAGAAGAAUAAGGAAGUGAGAAGAAGUAACAGGAGAUUUCGGGUCCCUUUACGAGGGUCUGGAUGGGGUUAACUGACAACUGACAAAUGGCCGAAAAUUUAACUGACAACUGACAUUUACCUUAGGUUUUACUGUCAGCUGACAAAGGACCUGAUUGUCCCUUAUUUUCUACAAAACCCGUUUUUAAGGCCUCAAAAUAGCAUUGUUCCACUCUUUUCAUCAGACAAUAUGAUCAAAUGUGCGUUUUUAAGGGUAAUCUUAGCAGCAAGACGCUUAAUUAUAAGUGUCAUAUUUCGUUAAUAAUUUUGCUGUAAACCUCAUUUGUGUCAUGUACCAUCUGUUGUAAAUGACCUAUGAUCUCAAAUUUACGCUCCUCUGAGAACGCGACAGCAUCCGAUGGCUGCUCAGAAUGAGGGCGUUACACAGGCAAUUGGCAGUUUUUACUGAGAUGAUUCAGAGCUGGCCGUUUUUCUUGGUCUUCUUACGAUCUACGUCUCAAUAUUAUACCUGCCAACUUUUUCUAAGUCAAAUGCGUGAGAUUUUCACCUUGUCAUGACGGAGAUUUCCGUCAACGUCCUAGCGACGUCCGAAGAUUUUCGACGAAUUUCCGAAGACUUAAUUCCGAAUGUUGCCAAAAAUUAAAUGUCCGCAGAUGUUCCCGAAGACGUUUGAGCACUGCCGAAGCUACUUAAAAGACGACACCUUUAGCGAGCUUUGAUAUGAUUUCGUUAGAAUACAAAAAAGGACACAAAGUCAUCAUGUGUUAAGAACAAUUUGUCAGGAUUUAUGAGUCAGGCGUGAGAAAUUGUCCUUGAUGCGUAAUGUCGAUGUCUUUAGUCCACGGGCGUAAGACUCACGCAUAAUGCGUAUACAAUAUUCUGAAGGGAUAAAUUUUGAUUGGCUUAAUGGUUGGCAAUAUUAGACACUGGCCAGCAAAAACUUUCGAGUGGAGGGGAGUAACACGAGACUUGAGAAAACGAGGGCCAAUUGAAAUGCUUACAACAUGUGCAAUAGCAAAAGUGAUGAAAAUUAGGGUACUAUGGCAUCAGUUUUCGAAUUUAACGUUUAAUUUACAUUAUAUGUGCCUUUUAAGCCAAAUUUCGCGUCAAAAAUAUACAAAUAAGUUUCAAAGUUAAUCAUUAAUAACCAUUUAACUGACAACUGGCAAAUGGCCGAAAUUUUAAGUGACAAAGACAUUUGUACCCCCCAUCCAGACCCUCCUUUACUCUUAUUUUAUUAGCUGUUUUGUUUUUGUGAUUUCUUAAUAACAAAGAUUUUCAACAUUUUUUUUUCUUGUGGAAGAUUGCUCUAUUGGAUUCCACUUCUUUGAGAAAGUUCAAGAACUUCCAACCCGCGGAGCAGUAGAUGUGGAACAUUUCACCAUUGAUGGAAGCUUGUUUCUUGCUUUUGCCAACUAUCAUGGGGACAUUAAAAAAUACAAGACAGGUUCCAUGAUCUACAAGAUGGAUAACUCGACUGGAAGAUUGUCUUCGUACCAGACCCCGCAGACAAGAGGAGCUUUUGACCUGGAGUACUUUUCUAUCGCAAACAAACAUUUUCUUGCUGUGGCUAAUCAUUACGAUGGAACUAACCGGCUGGAUUCUACAGUCUACCAAUGGAAUGGAAAGCUGUUUGUCGACUUUCAGAAAUUGUCAACAAACGGAGCAAAUCACUUCACGUACUUCAAGAUAUACGGGGAGAAGUACCUCGCAGUAGCCAACUACCAUGACGGACGUACCACAUCCACGAAGUCAGUUAUCUACAAAUGGAGCGGUGGCAAGUUUAACAGAAUUCAAGACAUACCAACUGAAGGUGCCGUGGGAUGUACAGCGUUUGUGAUAAACGGUGACACAUUCAUCGCUUUUGCAAAUAAUUACAACUCCCAACACAAGGGUUCUGUUCAGUCCAGUGUGUUCAAGUGGUCAGGAGGUCACUUUGUUAAACUGCAGUCUCUUCAGACUCAUGGAGCAUUUGAUGCCAUGUCUUUUAACAUUAACACUCACACAUUCCUUGUCUUUGCCAAUCGCCACUCUGGAAGUAAACACAACACCGACUCCUUCGUUUACAAGUGGAAUGGCAACAAGUUCGUCCUGUUCCAGUCCUUACCUACUCACGGGGCUGUCGCUUGGCACCCAUUUAUGAUCAGCCGUCAAACGUACCUGGGUGUGUCUAAUUACUAUGAUGACAGUAAGAAAGAAAACACUCAGUCAGUUGUGUACCAGGCUUCUGGAGCGCAGUUCAUCAAGUACCAAGAGAUUUCAACAAAUGGGGGGCAUGGUAUGACAUCAUUUGAGUACAAAGGUCACACAUACCUUGCAGUGGUAAACCAUUACAACCAGAAAUAUAACCUAAACAGCGCCCUGUACAAGUGGGUGUAG